AUGCCCACAAGAAUAGUCUUGCGAGAACCCACCGCUGCUCCUUCACGGCUCGGCUUGCCCGCAUCGACACCCGAAGAAGAAGUGAUUCGAUCGGGCGACAAUAGUUUGUUCACACCACCACGAUCCGGUCCUCCGACUCGAGUCACCAGCAGUCAGCGAAAGGUGGUCGGAUUCCGAUCCAGUAUUCUCCGAGAUUUCUCGUCUCAUCACGGCGACGACGAUUACUUUGAAGAUUUUAUACGACAAGAUGAAGCUGCGGAAAAGCGACGCUUGCAGCUCCAUUUGUCGGGAGAAGAUAUUCGAGCGAGUCCUAGAUUGUUGGGAUACUUGUUUGGGGCGAUUGCGUCCUUGGUCAUGCUGACCAGUGUGGUCCAGUUCUACACACGAGAAGAAAAGACGUUCCUCGAAGUCGUCAAACUCAGGAAUGAAACGCGGUCGUCUGCCCACAAAUUCUUUCAAACUAUCAACGGACCCGUAUACAUCUGGAAACUAUGGGCAUGUAUUGGUGUCGCAUCCGCCGGAGUACUCAUGUUUGUACUCAUUCUACUCAUGCAUUUUGAUACCAUUUGUUUUCCCAAAGUAUGGUUUCAAGUAUUUCGUGAUGGAUCGCUCGCUGAACGCAAUAUACUCUUUGCCAUGCUCCUAUUCUGGUGUGGAGCACUCCACAUUAAUACCGCCAGUUUGAGCGUCGGAGAAGUCCAAGCCAAUGUUUUUUUCACCACCUGGAUUGUCUUUGUCUGUACGGUACUCAAUAUGGGAGUCUGGAGACAAUCGGCCAACUUGCCACGGUUGACCGUCAAAGUAUUGACGCAUCAUCGCGAAACAACCUACAAUUGGACAUGGACGUUGGUAUUUGUACUACUCACGGCAGGUGCCGGGACGGACUUGUAUUUGCAUCGACAAGAUGUGCAACUGCGGUACGAAGGACAACGUCUCGUGUUGGAUGAAUGGCAAUGGACACGCGUCUUGGUCAUGCUAUGGUCCGAAGUAUUCUUGUGUCUCUUGGCCAUUUUCUUCAAUCACGUCUGGUCGACAGCACUCAAAUUCAAUUUCCCAGGGGGUUGUCGAUUUGUGCUCAAUUGGAGAUCUCUCGAGGGACUCUUGAUUUUGGGCGACGUGGGAUUUAAGUUUUGGAUGAUUUUGACCGCCACAGGUGCCGAUGGUGUCAUUACCGGACUCAACAAUGUCUAUUUUGGCGUCUUUGGAAGCUUUUUCAAUAUUGUCUUUACAUUUGGGACCUGGUUGCGAGAAAACAAAGACAUCGACUACAUUAUAUGA